AUGGGACAAUCAUUCCAGAGAAUAUCGCCCAGACUGGUCACCGCCAAGAACCUUAGGCUUCGUCAACAGGGCAGAAAGGGGUACAGUCUGUUGACAUGCGGAAGGACACUGCGUCUUUAUUUUGUUAUCGACUACAACUGCGUGGAUUGCCGCGACGGGGAAAAAGGCGCGUUCGAUAUAUCUGUGAACUCCUCACUGGUUACAAAGACGCCCACCGGUGCUUCAACCACGGCCAUCUCAGCGACGUAUAAUCCUGUUGUAUUUGCAAUGAGUAGUUCCAAGGCUUUUGUAACAGUGAGGCUCUAUACACCUUCAGAUGUGACCGGAAUUCUCAACAAAAUGGAAACCAUCCAAGUUACUGCGAGAAUGAGAAGGCGCAUUCCAACUCCCGCUGACGUGACGUCAUUCGUUGAGAGUUACAAGGUCACGUGUUCGCCUUGAGCAACCCGUCAUCUCCAAACGAGGUGACAGAUUUUCGUGUGACUGAAAAACGUAGAAAAACUGUUUCAAAACUGCGCUACAUAUCACUAAGUCUAGAAAGAACGCUUUUGUGUAUUUGAAUGAUUGCUAGUAGGAGUCCGUUACACCACAGUGCCCACCUCUCGUAUAAUGCCUGGCGACUUCGAGUGUUUUCAGAUAGAAGAGAGCUUGUUAAAGCAGCGACGACGGCGACGGCAACGAGAACGGCAAAAAAGAAAUAG